AUGCAUCCACUCAAGUGUAUUACUGACAUUACUGUAGUUGUUAUUGACGACAAACCAAAGGAGUCUGUCCCAGAUCAUGAUACUCAAAUGUCAAGCAUUAGAUGGCAUCUCUCAGAAGGCGGAUUUUCGGAGUUUAAAUUGAUGGAGCGUCUUGGGGAAGGGCAGAAACCAACAGCUAUCAUCGGGGAAGUCGCUGAUGAGUGGAACUUGGACUUGGUUGUGCUAAGCAUGGAGGCAAUACACUCAAAGCAUGUCGAUGGGAAUUUGCUUGCUGAAUUCAUCCCUUGUCCUGUUCUACUGCUCCCGCUCUGACAUGGACAUGGAGCUGA